UUACAAUUUUCAGAAUCCACGUGGAAGCUAACCCUGUAAAACAAUGCCAAGAGAAAAAGAAGGAAAACAAAAAACUAAAGGAACGCCCCUGCCCAUCGUUCCAGUUCUUCAAAAGUUCCUGAAAACAUAUGAGAAGCAUUGUGCAGAGACUCAGACGUCUGUGUGUCCAGCCAUCAAAGAGGACUUAAAAAGCAGCAUCCACAAUGAACAGAUUCUCAGGAAAUUUGUGCUUGUAAGACCUGAUGACUCCCCCCCAAGCGUCCUGCCAGUUUCCUUGGAACCUUUGCUCAUGACAAUUCGAGAUGCGUGUUACAUGCUGGGGAAAGAGCUCUGUGUCUGGGGCCUUCAGCUGAGUAACCCAGAGAUUGCCAGACUGGCUUCGCUUUUGGAAUUGAAGGGGCGCACCGCCUGCCCGUUGACCACCCUGGAGCUCAUUGACUGCAGGAUGGAUCUGUGGUCACUCGGGAGACUCGGCAGGGCACUGCCGUGCAGCUGUUUGCAUUCUCUCGUCCUCGAUUACUGCAGAUUUAGAAAUGAAGAAAUGGAGAGUAUUUUCUCAGGCCUGGAAAACAACCGAAGGCUUCAAGUCUUCAGUCUGCGCUACUGUGGUCUGGGGCCGCAGAGCGGGCCGCGGCUGGGCUCCGUCGUCUGCCAGAGCUCCGUUCGGGAGCUGCACCUCGACGGCAAUUACUUACAGUGUCCCGGAGCCCUGGCUCUCCUCCGACCCAUGGCAGAGUACGCAGAGAUGCAGGGGAAAGACCAGCCAGACUCCAGGAACCCCCCUCAGCAGCUGCAGGCCAAAGAGAGGACAAGCUCCACUUCGAACCAGACUACAAAGCCAUCUGGAGCUGAAACAGGGAAAACUGCUUCAGGGAAGGAGAGAAGGAAGAAAGGAAUCAAGAAAAAAAUUAAAUAUUCGACUGAAGCUGGUCCUUGGUUAGUGAAGUUGUAUUUGGCAGAUAAUGGCAUAGAUGGAAAAGGAAAAGAAGGAGAAAAUGGCUUGUUGGAAUUCACUCAAAUUUUAACAUGCCUGAUCAAAUACUCUGCUCACUUACGGGAAAUUGACCUUAGAAACAAUGUCCUGGGAGAAAUGGCUGCUACUGACAUUCUUGAAGCAUUAAGAGCCAGAAAGACAGGCAAAAGUGUCAUUCAUACUGUGUACAAAUGUAACAAGUUCCGGCAAGUCUGUGGAACCAAACUAUCUAUGGAGGUGAGGAUGGGUAGAGUAAAUUAUAUUCACCCUUAAAUACCUUAGCAUCUAGCUAGGAAGACAAGAUUCUCAUAUGUUAAAACUAAACAAUAAUAGAGUGUAAGUGUUGAAAUAACAUAUCUUCAGAACAUCCAUUGUGUGAGGCCUCCUGAGAAAUUAUUCCUGCUUAAAAAAAAGACUUUUUUGAAAUUUGCCACAGACAUCUACUAGGUUGGCAUGUAAAAGCUUUUUGCCGCUUUAGAAAUCUUUUGACAAUAACUAUAAAAAUGAAAAAUACAUAACUUGUGGCCUAGGCAUUCUACUUCUAGAAAUUUAUUUUAUAGGUAUACUCUUACAGAUGAGUUAGGAAAUAUUUAUAAUGGUGCUCACUGCAGCACUAUUUAUUAUACAUUGGAAACAGCUAACUGUCUCUCAAAGGAAUCUCAGAGAAAUAAAUCACAGGAAUGUGUGUGGGGGGGGUACUGUAUAGCCAUCAAGCAUACUGUGGAUAUGGAAGUGCUUAUACAGAAAGUGUCCUCUCAUACUAAACAAAAGAGCAGGCUAGAGAAUAAUACGUGUAAAAAAACUCAUGAGAAAUGAAUUUAUGUAAUAUGAACCAACAUUCCCACUUUUGGGUGUAUGCCCAGAAGAAUUGGGAGCAGCAUUAUGAAGAGAGAUUUGUACACUCAUGUUCAUAGUGGCAUUAUUCACAAUAGUCAAAAUGUGCAGGCAACUCAAAUGUCUAUUGAUGGAUGAAUGG